AUUUUCACUCCCACUCUUACUUGUCUCUCUGAAUCCCCCCCCGUUGCGACGGUCUCUUCUCUUUUUCAAAACAACAUCAUCGCCCCUUUCAACCGGCGGCCGUGCCUGCGUGCGUCAGAACCAUAGAAGCAUCGAACCAGGUACCGCGCGCCUCUUCAGCUCCUCCCCAGCAAUGCGGUCUUUACCCGCAAUAGUGGGCGCCGCCCUGCCUCUGCAGCUCGCCCUGCUCCAGCAGUUGUGCCUGCAUGGCGUCAUUGCAACACCUGUCGCCAGCGGGCAGCAACAAAUCGUCAUUGGUUCAGAGGUCGCAGGAACAGUCGCACAGGAAGGAUCUCGACGUCUAAGUGGAAAGUUUCUGCACAUUACUGACUUUCACCCCGAUCAAUUCUACAAAACCCACUCCUCCACCGAAGAAGGCGUUGCAUGCCAUUCAGGCGAUGGACCCGCCGGCUACUAUGGCGCAGAAACGUCCGACUGCGAUACGCCAUCUUCCCUCGUAAACGCGACCUUUGACUGGAUCGCCGCGAAUAUUGCAGACGACAUCGAUUUCGUCAUUUGGACUGGCGACUCUGCGCGCCACGACAGCGAUGAGAGCAUUCCUCGUAGCCCGGGCCAGGUGCUCGGCACAAAUCGAUGGAUCGCCGACAAGUUUGCGGAAACGUUUGGCGACCCGAAAGACUCCUCGAAAAUGGCCGUACCUGUGAUUCCGACGUUUGGAAACAACGACAUUCUACCGCAUAAUAUCCUCCUGCCAGGGCCCAAUAAGUGGUUAGGGUACUAUGCCGAGAUCUGGAAGCGCUUUAUCCCCGAGGAGCAACGCCACUCUUUCGAGUUUGGCGGUUGGUUCUACACCGAGGUCAUUCCCAAGAAGCUCGCCGUAUUCAGUCUCAACACAUUGUACUUUUUCGACCGAAACGCCGGUGUCGAUGAUUGCCAGCAGCCGUCCGAGCCAGGUUUUAAGCAAAUGGAGUGGCUUCGCGUGCAGCUGGAGUUCCUCCGCGAACGCGGCAUGAAGGCCAUCCUCAUGGGCCACGUGCCCCCGGCCCGGACCGACAGCAAGAAGAAUUGGGAUGAAACCUGCUGGCAAAAGUACAACCUUUGGAUGCAGCAGUAUCGGGAUGUUGUUGUUGGUUCGCUUUAUGGACACAUGAACAUUGAUCAUUUCAUUGUACACGACACCAAGGAAAUCGACAUCAACAUCUUGGGGGGUUUCGCGGUAGACGAUGACGUCGGCCGCGAAGCUUUUGAGGAUGAACUCGAAAUUCAGUCGGCACAGGACUACCUCACAGAAUUGCGAGAAGGCUGGGCCAAGUUGCCAGCCGUCAAUGUGAAGGCUCUCGAGGAGGAAGACACUGUGGAGUCGGAUGCAAAGGACAAGAAGAAGAAAAAGAAGAAGCCAGGAAAGGACUUGGGCGGCAAGUACGCAGAGCGUUACCACCUCUCCCUCGUCGGUCCCAGUAUCGUCCCCAACUACUUCCCCACACUCCGUGUCGUGGAGUACAACAUUUCCGGGCUCGAGGAUGCCGCGGUUUGGACCGACUCGUUCACCAACUCUGUGCCCGCUCUAGCACUCCCAUCAGACGACGACCCCGUUCACGAAGAAUUGAAGCGCGAAAUCGACGCCGCCAAGAAGAAGAAGAAGGGCAACAAGGGCAAAAAGGGAAAGAAGCCGACAAAACCUAAGGACCCUAACUUGGUCAUCCCUCAGCCGCCGCCUGCAGGCACCGGCCCUGGCCCGGCAUACGCACCUCAGCCCCUGACCUUCCUUGGAUACACCCAGUAUUUUGCGAACCUGACCUACCUCAACAACGACAUGACGCACGAGAGCAAGGACGCAUCUGGGAACAAGUGGCGUGACGGCAUCCACAAGGACAAGGAUCCCAAGUCCAAGAAGCCCAAGCCGCGCCCCUUUGCGUUCGAGGUUGAAUACAGCACCUUUACCGACAAGAUCUACAAGCUAUCGGACUUGACCGUUCGCAGCUACGUCAAGCUGGCGAGUCGCAUUGCUAAGGAGAAUGCUAAAAAGGGCAAAGGAAAGGCCCUUGCUGAGGACUUUGAAGAUGAUGACGAAGACGUAGAAGAGGAAGAGUCAUUAGAUGAGAAGAAGGAGCUGGUUGAAGAUGGAGAACACGAUGAUGACGACGUAGAUGACGACGAUGAAGAUGAUGACAAAGAUGAAGAUGUAGAAGCAGAGGAGAAGAAGGGAAAGAAAGGCAAGAAGGGUAAGAAGGGUAAGGGUGGAAAGAAGAAGAAGAAGCACAACAAGGUGUGGUUGCAUUUCUUGAAGCAUGCGUUCAUCAAGACGGUGCCCCAGAAGAAGUUGAAGAAGUUUUAGAGGUCGAUCGAGAGAGGGCAUGAGAGCUAGAGAGCGUGCGAGAUGUACUGGUCCUUUUUAUGGUCGUCGCAAGCUCGCAUUAUAAGCAUUUGCUAGACUUUUUGGAACUCGUCAUAUGAGCUAGCACUUUGUAUUUGAAAGAAACAAAGGCGUUUUAUGGGAGGCGCAUGGGCAAAGGGUAGCGAUUUUUUUAUGGAUUAUAUUUUACUUUCAGCUGUAGGAAAUUCGAGUUGCUAGUAGAUUCGGUUUCUCAUGUUUCUCUUAUUAGUCUUGGAAAUCGUAUCAUACCAAUUUCCUCCGGUCAGGGGGGUUCUAAACGUCUCUCAUAUCCAACAUCCCGAUUUACGAUUACUCUUCAGUUGAUAUCAUCAAGUCAAC